AUGGCCUUCGGAGCUCUCGUCGCGUCGAGGCUGGCCAGGUCCGGCCGCACCCUCGCAUCCGCCGUUGCCCAGGGUCCCAUGGCCCAGCGGACAGCGCCUCCUCUGCUCUCCAGGCUUGGCGCAGUAGCUCGUCUUCUCAGCACAAAGCCGGCCGCGGCAGAUGUCAUCGGUAUCGAUCUAGGCACAACGAAUUCCUGCGUCUCCGUCAUGGAAGGAAAGACACCACGGGUGAUUGAAAAUGCGGAAGGCGCGAGGACAACUCCCUCCAUUGUUGCCAAGAAUCAGAAUGGUGACCUGCUGAUUGGUAUCACUGCGAGCCGGCAGGCGGUAACCAAUGCCCAGAACACAAUUCGUGGGUCGAAGCGUCUGAUCGGUAGGACUUUUGAUGACCCGCAGACCCAGAAGGAGAUGAAGAUGGUGCCUUACAAGAUUGUCAAGGCACCGAAUGGUGAUGCCUGGGUGGAGAUGGGUGGCCAGCAGUACUCCCCUAGCCAGAUUGGUGCAUUUGUUCUCACUAAGAUGAAGGAAACUGCAGAGGCUUACCUUGGCAAGACGGUCUCUAAGGCUGUUAUUACUGUCCCAGCUUAUUUCAAUGAUGCUCAACGCCAGGCUACCAAGGAUGCUGGUAGGAUUGCUGGACUGGAGGUUAUGAGGAUUAUCAAUGAGCCCACUGCUGCAGCUUUGUCAUAUGGAAUGAACAACAAGGAGGGCCUUAUCGCUGUUUUUGACCUGGGUGGUGGCACAUUUGAUGUGUCAAUCCUUGAGAUAUCAAAUGGAGUUUUUGAGGAGAUUGAUGAGGUUCUACUGGUUGGUGGUAUGACUAGAGUACCAAAGGUCCAGGAGGUUGUUUCUCAGAUAUUCAACAAGCCACCAAGCAAGGGUGUCAAUCCUGAUGAGGCUGUUGCCAUGGGAGCUGCUAUCCAGGGUGGCAUUUUGAGGGGUGAUGUGAAGGAGCUCCUCUUGCUGGAUGUCACACCUCUCUCCCUUGGUAUUGAGACCCUUGGUGGCAUCUUCACAAGGCUAAUUAACAGGAACACCACAAUUCCAACCAAGAAGAGCCAGGUCUUCUCUACUGCGGCAGAUAACCAGACACAGGUUGGAGUCAAGGUGCUUCAGGGUGAGAGGGAGAUGGCUGCAGAUAACAAGCUCCUUGGUGAAUUCCAGCUUGAAGGCAUUCCACCAGCUCCAAGGGGCAUGCCCCAGAUUGAGGUUACCUUUGACAUUGAUGCCAAUGGCAUUGUGAAGGUGUCAGCUAAGGACAAAGCCACAGGCAAAGAACAAGAAAUCACCAUCAAGUCUUCUGGGGGUUUGUCAGAAGUUGAAAUUGAGAAGAUGGUGAAGGAGGCUGAGCUACAUGCUCAGAAGGAUCAGGAAAGGAAGUCUCUUAUUGAUCUUAAGAACUCUGCAGAUACCACGAUCUACAGCAUUGAGAAGAGUGUCAGUGAGUACAAGGACAAGGUACCUGCUGAAGUCACUAAGGAGAUCGAGUCUGCUGUCUCUGAUCUGAGGGCAGCUAUGGCUGAGGAUGAUCUGGAGAAGAUCAAGCAGAAGCUGGAAGCAGCAAACAAGGCUGUGUCAAAGAUCGGAGAGCACAUGCAACAAGGUGGUGGUGGCAGCGCUGGCAGCAGUGGCAGCAGUAGUGGCGGAGACCAGACUCCAGAAGCUGAGUACCAGGACGCAAAGGAAGCCAAGAUGUAG